AUGUCAACCACUAUCCUUGAAAUAACUAUUACAUUUUGGUGCUAUUUAUUGGGCAGCGGUUCGCUUUUCAAAGUUAACAUUGGAAUAAAUAAUGACAUUUGUGACCUUAAGCGAGCUAUUAUAAGUACAAUCAAUAGUGACAUUGCCUACCAUAGACUUCGAAUUUGGGGCGUUAAUGUUGCGACAAAAAAUGAUGUUUCAAGUGUAUUGUUAACUGACGAUAAUGAAUUGAAAGAAGAAAGAAACACUAUUGCAAAUACUUUUUGUGAGCUAGAAAAUAAUAAUAUUCGAGUUGUAAUCAGAAUUCCCAUCGCAGGUGAAUCUAUUCCU